CGGAAUAUUCUUAUAAAAUGUAUGAAACAACCAUUGAAAAUGAAAAUUAGUUUCGUAAAAAUAAAACAUUUUUAUUGAUUUGAUUUAUAUGAUGGUGAUUAAUAUAUUGCUAGUAAUCAUCGGAAUUGUAUUAAACUUAUCUGAAGUGCAAAGUCUAUCCAUUCCUUGCAACCAGAAUAAGAAGUCAUUUGAAUGUUUUCAUCCGACCAGUCAUUGUAAUAGAAAACAAGGUUUCUGUGAAUGUAAUAAGAAGUAUCCAGUAGAAAUUCCUGAAUUAAAUGUUUGUCUCACAAAACAAAAAUUUGGUGACCGCUGUGUCCACUCAAUUCAAUGCCAACACUUAUAUGCCAUUUGUGUGGACACGGAUUCUGUUGAGUUGAAUCGAUUUGAAUUAAUAGGCAUUCAAUUGCUUACUGAAUACUACAGAAAGUUGUCCUUUCUCAAUUUUGGUGGUACCAACAGAUCGAUAAAAGUAGAUGGAUACAAAUCGUUAGGCAAUUGCCAGUGUAGGCCCGGCUUUAGACCAGUGGCCACACUCAAGGGUAUUAUAUGCCAGAUGACUGUCCUCAAUGACAUAGAGUGUGUCGGUUCCCAUCAAUGCCUACAAAUGGACUCGAACUCUCACUGCAACGCAAAGAUAGGCCGUUGUUAUUGCGACACCGGAUACAUCUAUGACACCGACAGGAAUGAGUGUCGGAUCAGUCCCAAGAAAUUCGGUGAUAAUUGCAACCAUGAGAUCGAAUGUCUCAAUUGGGACACAAAUAUGGAUUGCCGUUACUCUCAAUGCAUCUGCAAAAGUGGUUACAACUUCGAUAUGAAUACUCAGAGAUGCAAACCAACCGACAGAGACGAGAAGAAGUGCGCGUAUGGACUCAAAUGGGAUGAGACAAGCGGCGAGUGCGAGGUU